AUGGAUUUGAAGGCUCCAAUUUCGACGGAAAUCGAAGUUCUCACUAUGCAAUUCAUCGUUAAGACUUCCGUGUUUGUUUUAAUUUGUGUCGCAACAUUAUCAUUAGUUCAGUCAACACCUAUAAAUUCUAUAAUAGAUAUCGAUCUAUUACCAGAAAAUGUAGCUUGUUGGUUUAUUUGUAACGCUUGUUACGACAGCCAGCCCGCCGAAAUGAUGUAUUGUGCCAACCAUAUUUGUCAAGUCGAUUUCAUAAACCAUAUAAUUGGAUAUAUGAAAAUUGGAAGAGAAUGUAGUAAUUAUGAGCAGUUAAUGAAAGAUGUUAAAGAAAGAAGGCUUCAGAAGGAACUCAAUAAAAUUACACUCGGUUCUUCCUCAGAAAAAAUGAUUCCCGUAUCCAAUUGAAAAAUAUUCUAUAAUCGUUUUUCAUCAGUUUUAGAUUAUUAUUGUAUGAAAUAUAUCAGAUAUAUAAACGUACCGGAAUUUCGAAAUAUCUUAAAGAUGGGUUCCCUUAUUUUUAAAUGAAAAUUCUAAUAUUUAUAGGAAUACAAAGUAGAGGUGUUCUAAUGACUUGGAAAAGUAUCAGUUUGUCUCACGUGUCCAUAAAUAAUUCAUAAUUAGCUAAUUUAGUAGAGUAUUACCAGCAUAAUUCCAAUGAGUGACCAAUGAAGAAAGGUCAAAAAGUCCAGACUGUACGUACAUGGACAUUUAUGAUUUAUAAUCAAAUAGUUUGCUUAAUUUGACAUUAAAAAAACAAGGAAACCUAUCUUUCAGUAAUUUUAUCUGUAUUCUAUAAAUAAUAUCUGAAAAUAUAUUCUGUUGAAUAGAUUAUCCGAUAUUCACGAAUUUAAAUAUAUUUGUCGUUAAAAGAAAUAUCAAACUGUUAAUCAGGGAAUUUACAAUUUAUAUGAUAUCAUGUUUUUGUUUAUUGGAGACGCUUACUUCUCUGGUUUCCUUUGAAACGCCAUCCCACAUUCCAACACAGUAAUUCUAUUUACAUUAUUGUAGAAAUUUAAUGCAAAUAUACAUUUUUAUUACAUUUAUGAUUUAUAUAUGUACAAAGAAAACAGUUAAUAAAGAUGGAAAUAAAAUAAA